GACGCAUUCAUCUGCAGACCAUUCAUAUCGGCUGACACGUCUAUAAUUCGACCAGUUCCAGUCAUUAUGCAUCACAAUCUCCUGAAUAACAUUCAUAAUGGUAAAUUCAUCCACUAUGUUUGUUUACCACCUCAAGUGAUACAAGAGGGGGCUUCUUCUGUGCCCUCUAUACCUACUUCAACAGCAUCAAUUAGUCAGGAGACAGCUUCACUGCAAGAGCAAGCAUCAUCAUCAGCAGCAACAUCAGCAACACUGGUAGACGAGUAUCAGGAAACAUCGACAUCCUCGGUUUCAAAAACUGCAACAAGCCAGGCUACAACACCGUUAGUAAGACACUCGACGACAUCAACAACACUGAUUUCCUCCACAGCCACACAAUCUACAACAACGGCGACUCCGCCUACUCCAACGACCCAUCCUACCACAACUUAUCCCACAACUACAAUGACACAACCUCCUACAACGACGGCACCCGCUAUGGCAACACUACCUACAACAGCAACGACAGUACCUACUGAGGCAACACAGCCUACAACAACCACUACAGUACCUACUGAGGCAACACUGCCUACAGCAACAACGACAGUACCUACUGAGGCAAUUACACAGCCUACAACAACAACUACAGUAACUACUGAGGCAACACAUCAUACAACAUCAAAAGUACCUACUACAAGAACACAUUCUACAACAACACAGCGACCUACUACAACAACACUACUUACAACACCCACAGUUAUGACAUCACAACAUACAACGACAGUACCUACUUUAACAACUCAGCUUACAACUUCAAAAGUCCCUACUGCAACAACACAACCUACAACAACGCUACCACCUACUACAACAACACAACCUACAACACCGAUGCCACCUACUUCAACAGCACAUCCGACUACAACAACGAUCUCCACUUCAACAACACAGAUUACGACAAUCUCAACCGUUGACAUUCAGAGUAUGUAUUGA